CCGAUAGUGAUCAAUACCUCACACGCUCCGAUAGUGAUCAAUAACUCACACGCUCCGAUAGUGAUCAAUAACUCACACGCUCCGAUAGUGAUCAAUAACUGGAAAUCUACCGAAGUGGGCCAUUAACUGAUUCUGAGAGCAGCAUGGAUGAGUCCGAGCCAUACAGUUCGGAGGACGAGGACGUCUCUCUGACCGGAAGUGACUUUGAGUUCCAGCUGACAACCUCCAAGAGAAAACUCAACUCAACUCAGGGAGCAGCAUCUCCUAAAAGGGUUCGUCAUCCGUCAGUCAGCGGCUCCAGCCAAUCACAGACACCGGAAGAGUCUCGGGGCCUCGGGCCUCACGGUGCUCAGACGGAGGGCCGUGCCACUGCCUGUCAUCUGUAUGAAGCAGUGCGGUCCGGCCGCAGCGCUCUGCUGACGGUGAUAGAUGAUUGGCUGGAAGAGUACAGAAGAGAUCGAGAGGCGGGGAUUCUGGAGCUGAUCAACUUUGUGGUUCAGUGCAGCGGCUGUAAAGGUGUCGUCACCAGAGAGAUGUUCAGCCGCCUGCAGAACGCUGAUAUAAUUAGUCACCUGACUACAGAGUUUAACGAGGACUCUGUCAGUUAUCCGCUGGUGUCGGGCGGCUCUCAGUGGCGGCACUUUCGUGAAGGUGUGUGUGAGUUUGUGUCUCUGCUGGUUCGUGGCUGUCGUAACAGCCUGCUGUACGAUGAUUUCCUCUUCUCGUCGUUCAUCGCGCUGCUCACCGGUCUGGCUGACUCACAGGUCCGCGCCUUCAGACACACCAGCACGCUCAUCACCAUGCGGUUGAUGUCGUCGAUAGUGUCCGUCGCUGCGGAGGUGACCGCUCAAGCGCUGAUGACCCGGAGACGCUGUGAGCUGGAGAAGAACAAGCCAGCUGAACACAGAGCCAUAGACCGAAUAGAAGAACUGGAGGGCUCUUACAGAGAGCUGCUGGAGCAUCAGGAGGACUUGCGCUCUCUAAUGAACGGGAUCUUUAAGGGUGUUUUCAUUCAUCGGUAUCGGGACAGAGUUCCUGAAAUCCGUGCCGUCUGCAUGGAGGAGAUGGGGGUGUGGCUCAGAGAAAACCCAGCCUCUUUCCUCAAUGACGAGCACCUCAAAUACGUGGGCUGGAUGCUGCACGACAAGCAAGCUGCUGUGCGACUGCAGUGUGUGUUGACUUUGCAGAAACUGUAUGUGGAGAAGGAUUUCAUCAGCCGGUUAGAGCUCUUCACCAGCCGCUUCAAGGAACGGAUUCUGUGCAUGAUUCUGGAUAAAGACUCUGACGUGGCAGUGGAAACGGUGAAGCUGUUACUGCUCAUUAAACAGCAGACAGAUGAAGGCCUGAGUGAGGAGGAGUGUGCUGCUGUGUAUCCGCUGGUUUUUGCCACACACCGAGGUCUCGCCUGCGCAGCCGGACGAUUCCUGUACCACACGCUGUGCAGUGUGUUGGACGGGCGGUCAGACAAACGCAGUGUUUCUGUCCUCCGUUUGCUGGCACAUUUCUUUAUUGAGAGUGAGUAUCAUGAACACGCUGCGUAUCUAGUCGAUAGUCUGUGGGAUGUUGCGGGGGUGGAGCUAAAAGACUGGGAACUGAUGACAUCACUACUGCUGCAGGAAAGUGGUGUGGAGGACGAGCUGGAGAGCGCUCUGAUUGACAUCAUGAUGUGUGCAGUGAGACAGGCCUCUGAGGCCACGCCUCCCAGCUCUCGAGUGCAGAGGAAGAACCUGACGGCGCGGGAGAAGAGACUUCAGGCUCAGGAGCGAAGACGCAUCACAAACCAUUUCAUCCCCCAGCUACCUCAGCUACUGGCGAAGUUUUCGGCAGACGUCGGGAAGGUGAGCUGUCUGCUCCGAGCGCCGCUGUAUUUCCAGCUGGAGGUUUACGGCACUUCAGGACGCCUGGAGAAAUGUCUGGACCUGCUGCUGUCUCAGGUGUGUGACAUCAUGCUGAAGCACCGUGAGGAGAGUGUGCUGGAGGCUUGUGUGCGUGUGCUGUGUGCCUUGUGUAGUGAUUGCUACAGCUUCUGUGGUCGAGCUGAGAGAGCCGUCAGUCAGCUGCUGGACUCAACCGUGGAGAAAUUCAGCUCAAACCUGGCUGAGAUACUGCAGGGAUCAGCUGAUGAAGAUGAUUUGUAUGGAGCUGCUUCCUCUCUGAACAUCCUAGCCGUCUUCAGCAGUGCCAGAGAUUUGACCGGAAGGAACCUGUUUGAGUUCUGCUUUCAGCUGCUGAAGAUGGGAAUAGAGACGAGAGAAAUCCAUGAGAAGCUGAUGGUUCCAGCUCUUAAGUGUUCAGUCUUCCAUCUUUUCUGGAAAGGAACGAAGAUCACGCAACACUCUCCAGCAAGAGACAAGGCUGAGCUGAAGCGUGUGAUGAAGGCUCUUCACUCGUUCUGUGUGGUGUGUCAGAGCUGUCUGUCCGUGGCUCAGAGUCGCAUCAGGAACCAGGCGUUUGUGUGUCUGUGUGACGUGCUGCUCGUCUUCGGGAAGCUGUGUGAAGGAGACGGUUCACCGCUGCAGCGCUUCAGUCCUGACGACUCUCUCAAAGCAGAAAUGGCUUCUUUCAUCAUCGACUACGUCUUCAGCGAGCCUGACGAGGAUCUGCCUGGUGAGGAAGAGUGUGAGGAGAUGAAGAUGGCUGCUUUGCUGCAGAGGAGGAAUCAGCUGGCUGGAUACUGUAAACUCAUCAUACACGGAGUCCUGGAGCUGCGAGCCGCCACAGAUGUACUCAGAUACUACAACAAGUUCUACAGGGAUUUCGGUGACAUCAUCAAAGAGACGCUCAGCAAAUCCAAAAUGAUCAGCUCAGUGGAAAGCGCCAGGACUGUGUGCUUGUGUCUGCAGCAGCUCUUCUCUGGGCUGGAGCAGGACAGGUGUGAUGAGGAGUUGACGGAGAUCAGAUUGCUGGCGAAGAAACUGGCGAUGAACUUCAGCAUCAACCUGCGUCUGAUCCGUAAACCACUGCUGGCCUUACACCAGGAUGGCAUCUGUUUCGCGAGUCAAGGGCUUGAUGAGGGAGACCUGAUGAAUUUGAGUUUUCUGGAGAUUCUGAGUGAAUUCAGUUUCAAACUCCUGCAGCCUGAGCGCAAGCAGCUGUCUCUGUCUCUGCGCCGUGUGUUUGCCUCAGUGAUCAACAGUGAGUUUGUGAGGAUCUACGAACGAUCGCUGACUUCAGGAUCGAAAGAAACUCCGGCAGCAGCAGCAGAAACACCCAGCAGGAAACGCAGACGCACACACAGUUUGACCAGCAGUUUGGAAACUCCAGCUGUAACGUCUCACACACGCCGUGUCGACAUGGAUGAUGAUUUCACAGACGGGUCCGUCCUGAGGAAGAGUGUGAUUCACAGCAGACCGCAGUCGAGUCCGUUCUCUCAGAGCAUCCAGUCUCAUCUCAGCACACUCUCUCUGGGUCAUGAAGAUGCUUCAGAGGAUGAGGAGGAGCCAGAAAUUGAAGAUUACGAUGAUGAAGACUCUGAGCUGGGCAUCACUUUGCCCUCCACACACGGCUCCGCCAGCUUCCUGGAGGAUCUGUUUGAGUGAAACCAGGACCGGGACGCAUGUUCACUUUUCACCAGUGGAUCAUUAUGGGAUGUUUUGUUAAUGCAGCUAUUGUAAGAUCCCUGUUAAAGGUUCAGUUACAGAGUCAUUAAUGUCACCAGGUUGGUCUGAAUGAGAAGAGCAUAAAAAACCUGUUUGAUUUGAUGAUGGUUAAAAAUGGUGUUGGUUUAAGUGUUAAAACUGUUUUGUUUAUUAUUUUUGUUAAAAUAAAUAAUAAACA